AUGGAUGCGAUAAGCCGAGUGUUACGCAGAGCUGCUCGAUCGCCGUUCUCGGGGGACAUUGAAUGGGCCCCUAUGCCGAGUAGAUUUACAAGGCCUCCGUUCAAUUCUUAUGACGGGAAAACGGACCCAGUAGAGCACAUAAGCCAUUAUAUCCAGAUGAUCCGGGUGCCGCAACUAGUGGACGCGCUGCUAUCAAUGAAAAUGGGAGCCGGGGAAACCUUUUGCAACUAUACUAGCCGGUAUUGGGAGCUUUACAAUGAGAUUAGCGGGGGCAACGAAAAAAUCGCAGCGAGUACCUUUCGACUGGGAUUGCUUGAGGAUUCCAAACUACGAGAGUCACUAACAAGGAGGCCUCCCAAGGAUAUGAGGCAGUUGAUGAGGUGUAUUGAAGAAUUUAAAUGGUUGAAGGAUGAUCGGCAACAGAACAAAGAUAAGGCUCCAAUCAUAAGUCAUCCAUGGUAA